CUUACACCUCCAGAUUUCUAUCAUAUCCUUGUUUCUCUCUCUCUUACACGUCAGACAUGGAUCGCACCGCAGAAUUCUUUUCGACAGUCGAGUCGCUACUGUCUAGAGCUCAGCCUCAUCUGCCAUUGGAUAAGCGCAGACUGCUCUCGCCAAUUGAACAACAGAAAUCAUUGUCACUUUCCUCAGGCGCUCAUGGCUCAAAAAGACAACAGCCAGAAUUCACCCUAAUGGCCUCGAUCAUCAAGAAAGAUUUGCAGGCAAUGUCUAUGAAGCUUCAAAAGCUGGCGAAACUUGCCAAGCGCAGGACUUUGUUUGAUGAUAGACCUGUUGAAAUUACAGAACUCAUCUACAUUGUUAAGCAGGAUAUAGCCAAGCUCAACAAACAGAUUGCACAGCUACAGAGCUAUGUCAAGGAGCAAACUCACAAGGCGAGCAACAGCUGCCGACAAGCCAUGGAGCACCACUCAAAUGCUGUAGUAAUGCUCCAAUCACAAUUAGCAGCACAGACUUCAACGUUUAAGGAUGUCCUAGAGCUUCGUACUGAGAAUAUGAAGGCUUCUAAAGAUCGACGAGAGCAAUUUAUGUUUACGACGCAACAGCAGAGCAAUACCUUUGCUAGUGAUUCUCCUUUGUAUAACUUUGAUCGACGUGCAACGUCUAGCACCGAACCACCCAAAGACAUACUUUCACUGGAUUUGACAACGCCAUCACAGACACUUCAUCAACAGCAAGUUCAGGAACAAGCUCAGCUGGUCGACUCAAGCAACGACUAUCUUCAGAGUCGAUCAGCAGCUGUGGAGUCGAUCGAGUCCACGCUUCAGGAACUCGGUGGUAUUUUUCAACAACUUGCGCAGAUGGUGUCGGAGCAAAGAGAUAUGGUUCAAAGGAUUGAUGCCAACACGGAUGAUAUUGAGUCAAAUGUGUCAGGAGCUCAGACAGAGUUAUUGAAGUAUUACAGUUAUGUCUCAUCCAAUCGUUGGCUCAUGGUCAAGGUCUUUGCGGUCUUGAUUUCAUCUGCUGUUACAUUGUCAGUCCUGUCGUAAU